UCUCGAUCCCUGGCUAUCCCUGAGGGAGAUAGACCAAGCCAUGUACCGCUUGGGCCAAGUGACUGUCAUGAUUUCCAGACGAAGAAUACAUUUGGCCCUUCCUCGCCAAGAUUAAAGAGGAACCAGCAGUUAUUGGACAACAUGGUGCAUCCGCCUGCGGAUGCACGGGGGCUUUCUGGGCUUGGGAGGCUUGCAUCCUGGAAGCGCACUCAAACCUCAGCUGUCCGAGCUCGACAGAAUAUCAGGAAUUCAGAUCUCAGUUAUGUUUCGUUCUAGACCCUGAUUAAAUGCAGGUGCAAUCAAGCAUGGGGAAACGCGCAAAUAGUUCCGUAUCAAAGCAUGGGUGUGCUGAUCAAAAUGUUGCGCCCGUUUCUUGCUGGAGCAUCAGGGUAUUUGUACCCGCCCUUCUCCAUUAAAGAACCAUAUCUUCCUUUCCCUUUCCAUUCUUUGAGACUUAGUCCGAGCAGUUUUAUGGACCGUUCAAUGCCCAUCCUUGCCAACAACGAUUAAAAAUUCUUCCUCCACUGGCGAUUUAUCAGUCCCAGCUGAACUUAAGAGAUCUCGACUACAUCUACCACAAUGACCGAUGGGAGCCCCCAUAGCAAGGGCCGGGAGCUUACGCAGAUUCGAGUACCUGUUCCAAUAAAAAUUCCAUAUCCACAUUUUGCCAUGAUCACUAUCGACCACGCCGGGGAUAUCAAAUACCAUACGUCGUUUUCUGCUGAAAGAGACUGCUAUCACAUUUUUGAUCGUGAUGUCAAGGAGCGCUUCCUUCAGUUGGCUGACACCCGCCGGGGUGCAUUAUCCGAAGUUGACAAAGACUCUGAACUUGACGAACGUCGGGUUGAUCUCAGAAUUGGUGAUAAAGAGACGGUCAAGGCCUAUUAUUACGCAGCCUUUCGUGGAUUCCAACAGAUCAAUUGUCGAACACUCUCCAGAGCCUGGAUCAGAUUCAUCGAACCAAAGAAACAGGCCAUGUACCCUUAUAAAAAAGGACCGGUCACAAAGCCGCCUUGGUGGCCUGCAGACGUGGAACACAGGGAACCAGAUCAUUUGAAGACACCUUGUCGUGUUCAACUCUUGGUUCAUAUUUUGAAGCUCUGUACCGUUACCGCUGAUCAGCUUGAAGACGCUGGAAAGGAUGUCCGGCGCCAGAUCACACCGGUAGAGAGGUGGGAGAUUUUGGAAGAAAUAUGCAUGGUUCGGAGAAUGGAGGAACGUUAUGAAAGAGGGGAAAUAGACGCCAAUACCACGGUAAAUGUUGUCAACAGGUCAAAAAAGCGAGUUUCCUCAUCGAGUGCGGGGGUGACAUCUCCAACAAGCUCCGACCUAGAGCCAGACAUGAUCACGAGCGCGGUUGAUAUUGAACUCAGUGUCAAAAAGAGCUGA